CGGUGUCAGGAGACCGCUGCGCCGCACCGACCGAGCGCCGCUUCGCCUCUCGGGGCUGUUUACGGUAAAAGCGUGUCAGCGUGAGGUGGGUCGGUAGGAGUGGCGCUGGCAUCCUGCUUUGCAUGAACCGUCGGGACUCCCCGAGUUAGUGGCCGCAGUCGAGAUAUUUCCUGUCAGCCGCACACAGCCGAGGCGACGGAGACGGAGAAGAAGAGGAAGAAGAAGAAGAGGGGAUGGCCGAGAACAGCUGCGAGGCGAGCGGCUCCGUCCACCGGAGAUGUCCGGCCCAUUCACCGACGGAGAGACACGUCUCGCCGGGGGCCGGGGCGGCCAAAUGGAUCCGACUGAACGUCGGGGGGACGUAUUUUUUAACGACGAGACAGACGCUCUGUCGAGAUCCAAAAUCCUUCCUCUACAGACUGAGCCAGGCUGACCCCGAGCUCGACUCUGACAAGGAUGAAACUGGUGCCUAUCUAAUAGACCGAGACCCCACGUACUUCGGGCCGGUGCUCAACUACCUGAGACAUGGAAAGCUGGUGCUCAACAGGGACUUGGCAGAGGAAGGUGUGUUGGAGGAGGCCGAGUUCUACAACAUCACAUCAUUAAUCAAGCUCCUCAAGGACAAGAUCAGGGACCGCGACUGUAAAACGUCACAGGUGCCGGUGAAGCACGUUUACCGCGUGCUGCAGUGCCAGGAGGAGGAGCUCACGCAGAUGGUGUCCACCAUGUCCGACGGCUGGAAGUUUGAACAGCUUGUCAGUAUAGGUUACGGGCGGGCCCACCAGUCAGAGUUUCUGCUGAUUGUGUCAAGGGAGGUGAAGGGAGAGGAGUCUGCUUUGCCAAACAACAGCGGAGAGCUGGUCAGCAUAGGCUCCUCUUACAACUACGGCAACGAGGACCAGUCCGAGUUCCUGUGCGUGGUCUCCAAGGAGCUGCACAACCAGUCCUACGGCACCAACAGCGAGCCCAGUGAGAAGGCCAAGAUCCUUCAGGAACGAGGUUCCCGGAUGUGAAGAGGACUCAGUAUUAUGAGCUCCGGGUGUUAUGAUGCUAACAUAUCAUCUUUGUGGAAGAACGUUUGGCACAAUGCAGAUUUAAAGGAGUCCUGUGCAUUUGUUGUGUGUUUUUCUCUUUUUUUUGUUUUUUUUUAUUUCUUGAUGUAAAUAAGUCUGUUUACUGACAAUUUGUGCCUGUGCAUCGAAACUGGACCUUUUUUAUUUUGAAUUAGCGCCAAGUUCUUUUUAAUUUAUUUUUUUUCUUCAAAUAAGGAAUUUCAAUCUAGAAAUGUUUUACGCUAGAAUACGGCCGUCAUCAUACAAGGCCAACGAUUCACUCAGGGUCAUCCGUUGACUUAAAUCAUCCUCUUCACGGCUCUGCCAAGGGAUCAAUCCUUAUCAUUGUUUAGAACCCUUUAAGGGAGUUGAGUUUAUUCAGCACCUGUUAAGCAGUUAUUUAAAUGUGACAUUCACCCCAAAAACAAAUCCAUAAAACCUUUUCCAACAGUUACGCUGAGAUUUGUGAUCAUGAGGAUGAGCUAUACAACACGAGCGUUUGCAGAUGCAUUUAAAACGUUUUACGUGACAUUAAGUCAGCCAGUCAUUUGAGGAGCUUUUACUGGCGAUGAGCGAUUGACACGUAAUGAACAGGACGAUGAAAGCGCCGUUUUCACACGGAACAGAUCCGCUGACUUCAGAGAGAUCGUAUAUAUCUGCUUAAUGUCGUCCUUUUAUUGCUUGAAAAGUGGACUUUCUGACCACACGUUCUACUUAAGUUCUAUUAUUAUACAGUUAAGUAUUACACAUUUAAUCACACGUCAUCGUUCAAAAUGCCGUUUCAAAGUAAGAGUUCCGCUGCUCCUGCGAACGUGAGACUUUAAUGUAAAGCAGUAAAUUGCUCUCUAAGUGUUUUAAAAAACACAUUUGUAUAACUUUAUCUUGCCUGACACUUUUGGAACUCCUCAUGUUCAGAAGUCUACAGUUAACUGCCAAAAUAUUCAAACGUGUUUUAAUAAUGUGAAUUCUGUUUUUAAACUGACUUGUUUCUCGUCGGGACAAAUAUUCUUGAGAAAACGGCGUUUUUAAAAUAAGAUUUUCUGAGUUUUAGUUUAUUGUUUGAGGGGACAUCGUGUUUGAUUAAAAUCUUUUUUUUAGGGGCAACAGUCGCUCGAAGGCCGAAGUCAAGGACUUUCUUUUCGUAACCAGAGGGUUUUGUUUUGAUGUAAAUAAUACAAAUUCAAUAUGAAUAUUUAACUCUUCAAAAAAACAAACUGCACGUUUUGUACACUGUAGAGAAAACACAACUUGAAACCACAGUUGUUUAUACUGGACGAUUUUUGACAACGUUAACUUCUGUUUUGCAUUGUUUGUACAGGAUUUCUGAGUUAAGAUUGAAACCGCUGAUGCUGAACACGGUGUCUUUCACUGAGAACAUGCCUAUAACAUGUUUUGAUAACAAAGCUAUACUUGGUUGUCUAUGAAGUUGACUGUUACAUUUAAAAACAAAUGUGUUUUUCCUGCGUUGUGAUUCUUCUGAGCAUUUUGACUUGUAGAUUUCGUACACAGCAUUACAAGCACUACAGUGGGAAUCAGCACUGUGCACAUUGCUAACAAGCCUGUAAUGUUGGUGUAAAUCCUGCAUUUCAGAACACGGUUUCUUUUUUCUUUUUUUUUUUUAAUAGGUUGUUUUCAGGUUUGAUGUGUGAUUUUUGAUAGUUUGGAUAAAAAUCCUUAUGUGUUGCCUUUUUCCCCCCAACGACCAAAUCCAAUGUCCUAUAUGUACCGUACACGUUAGUGUCAGGGAUGAGUAAACUUUUAUCAAUGCUGACACACUAUGUACAUAUAGACUUCUUAAAGACACACAAACCUCCAUUUACUCUCAUGUACACGUAUACACUUGAUUAAAACAAUUUUUAUAUUGUUGCAAAAAACAAGUAUGGAUGCAUGUUUUUGAUAUAGCUACACACACACACACAAACACACACACACAAGGGCUUUUAAAGUGCAACAUUUCAAAUCUGCAAAGAGGUUCAAUCAAAGACUGGAUUUCCUGCCAGAGUUAGGCUAUGUUUACAUUUGCUAUAGUAUUCUGAAGCCUUCCAAUUAUAUACUGUCUUGCACUUCCUCUCACACACGUUAACGUUUGUCUUGAUUUGUGUAACGCACCCCCCCCCCCCACUCCACAUGAACCGAGCACGGACGUGCUGACUGAUAAGUUCCUCUCUCCACUGCUUGCAGCCUACGGAGCGUCGCAGACAAUCAGGAUUUCCGCCCUCUCUGAUGGCCCAGAUGCUCACUUUUCAUUUUGGGGUCCUUUUUCAGUCUUUUUUUUUUAAUUUUUUAUCCUGCAAUGAGAUUUAAAGUGUUCUGGUUUGGUUUGUUCAGUUGUAAUUUCAUUGACGUCGCAAACAGGCCGUCUAGUUGAGCAUUUGGCAUCAGUUAUCAUUUCAUGUCACGGAUAAACUUAUCAAAUCUGUAGCCUGAUGCUAAUAAGUGCCCAGUUUGUGUUGCAUUCAUGUCAUAAGCCAGAGACACUGUAGUGCAUGAUUGAAGUUUAUCACACUUGUAAUCAGAGCAAAGGAAUGUGAUAUUUUUACUCAAUCUUGCAAUUACAUCAAUGAAUAAGGUUCUCUUAUCACUACAUAGAUCACUUCUAUAUGAUCUUAUGCAACGUAAAAUAUGUACGAACUAAGUAUGAGGUUAAUGGGCUAUAUCUAUACGGUCUUGCAUAGGGUAAACCCAAUAAAAAUGUUGUCAUUCAUA